CGUCCCGAGUCACCGCGGCCGGGGGAGUCCCGGCCGGGGGGUCGGUCCGUGCCCCGACGGGGCGCGCGGAGCGGGCGAGGAGGUGCAGAGCUGUUGCGGAGCUCAGGUUGCUUUCCUGUUGCAUCUUUGACCUAGUUUCCUAGACUCUGCUCCAUGAUUUAACUUGAAAGUCUGAAAUGAAGAUGGAGGAGGCAGUGGGAAAAGUUGAAGAACUCAUUGAGUCUGAAGUCCCUCCAAAAACAUCUGAGCAAGAGACAACGAAGGAAGAAGAUGGAUCUGUAGAACUGGAAUCUCAAGUUCAGAAAGAUGGGGUAGUGGAUUCUACGGUUCUGUCUUCAAUGCCCUGCUUAUUGAUGGAACUGAGAAGGGACUCUUCUGAGUCUCAGUUAGCAUCCACAGAAAGUGACAAGCCGACCACUGGCCGAGUUUAUGAGAGUGACUCCUCUAAUCACUGCAUGCUUUCUCCUUCCUCUAGUGGUCACCUGGCUGAUUCAGACACUUUGUCUUCUGCAGAAGAGAAUGAACCCUCUCAGGCAGAGACAGCGGUGGAAGGAGACCCUUCUGGAGUGUCUGGUGCCACAGUUGGGCGCAAGUCUCGGCGUUCUCGAUCUGAAAGUGAAACAUCUACCAUGGCUGCCAAGAAAAACCGGCAAUCCAGUGAUAAACAGAAUGGCCGAGUCGCCAAGGUUAAAGGUCAUCGGAGCCAAAAGCACAAGGAGAGAAUCAGGCUACUGAGGCAGAAAAGGGAGGCUGCUGCACGAAAGAAGUACAACCUGUUGCAGGACAGUAGUACCAGUGAUAGUGACCUGACUUGUGACUCAAGCACGAGCUCAUCAGAUGAUGAUGAAGAGGUUUCAGGGAGCAGCAAGACAAUCACUGCAGAGAUACCAGAUGGACCUCCAGUUGUAGCUCAUUAUGAUAUGUCUGACACCAGCUCUGACCCAGAAGUGGUAAAUGUGGACAAUUUAUUGGCGGCUGCAGUAGUUCAAGAGCACAGUAAUUCUGUAGGAGGCCAGGACACAGGAGCUACCUGGAGGACCAGCGGGCUUCUAGAGGAGCUGAAUGCGGAGGCAGGUCAUUUGGAUCCAGGAUUCCUAGCAAGUGACAAGACAUCAGCUGGCAAUGCACCUCUCAAUGAAGAAAUUAAUAUUGCCUCUUCAGAUAGUGAAGUGGAGAUUGUGGGAGUUCAGGAACAUGCAAGGUGUGUUCAUCCUCGAGGAGGUGUGAUUCAGAGUGUCUCCUCAUGGAAGCACGGUUCUGGCACGCAGUAUGUCAGCACCCGGCAAACACAGUCAUGGACUGCUGUGACUCCCCAGCAGACUUGGGCUUCACCUGCGGAAGUUGUUGAUCUUACCUUGGAUGAGGAUAGCAGACGUAAAUACCUACUGUAAUACAAUGUCACUGUGUUUCCUCUGCACUGUUCCCUUCUACUUCCUCCUCCUCCUCUUUGUGACAUGGAAGUUCAUUGUCAUAGCUUCAGCCUCAGAAGCUGUUCGUGGCAUUUGUAUAAUCGAAACUCAUGGAAAAUUGCCCCCCCCCUCACUUUUUUUUUUUUUUUUUUUAAAUUAAAAGAAGUCACUUAGGAAAAUAACUUAGCACAGAGAAAAGAAUUUCUUCUUUCCCUCAGUAGGAAUAUGAGAAUGAUGAAUUUAUUAGACAGCUUCAUUUUACUUGGUGACUUUUGAUCUUAGGAAACUCUUCCUCCUAGAAUAAUAUUUUAAUUACUAAGUGAAAUGGAUUUCAGUUUUGAAUCUUGUAUUUAUUUUUCUGUGUAAUAAAAUUAAUAUCUAGACUUGACCACUGUCAGCCCACCCAUUGGCACUCCUACCUUAGGGCAUUUGCACACAUUUAGUCAGGUCCUUCUUGGCACCUAGUAGGGCAUGUGCAUUUGAAAACCUGUCCUUAAAAAUAGAAGACAGAAGUAUUACUUUUCUUUUAGCUUAAGUCUUCUACCUUCUUUCCUGACUUUGCUCCUGGCUGACUUCCCACAACACAAAUAAUUGAUAUGGCCCUUUGUGUUUAUAAAUACUGCUAAGGUGACUUAGUUGGUCUCCUUGUUGCAAUAAUUCAUAACUCUUUGGAAAAUGUCUGCUUUUGGGGCAGAGGCAUUUCAGAUAGAUACCCACCAUGAGGUUUUCUGGGCAUGUGAGGAGAGUAUUGAGAGAUCAGUAGGAAAGUCUCUCUCCAUCAACUUUUUUUUCCUGGUUUGUUCAUAUAAUGGGAGAACACAGAAACCUACUACUUAGGUAGAAUAUGAAAAGUUGUGUUCACCUCUAAGACUGUGGGCACUUACAAGUCUGAGAAGACUGUGCCUUCUUUCACAGCUGGUCUCUCUAGACAGGAGGUACAACAAUUGUUUAACACUCGAGCUGAAAUAGACCUGAUACUGUAUUUGGGUAUUUUUCUCCUCUACCAUCUAAAAGUGGAAAAAUCAAAAUGCACCAUAAGAAACCAGAUGCAAAGCACAUAAAUGACACUGUAGGUUUUACAGUCUCUAACUAAGCAAAGGGUAGUAGGAGCUUCAGGGAAUUUAGGAAAUGCCAGUGUUGGAGUUCUGUGGCAUUAGUUACUACCUUUUUUCCUAUAACAUGUUGUAGUUACUAGUGAAUUCUUUUACAAGCAAUACCUAGUUAGAACACUAUGUACUGUGCACAGGGAGGAGUGAAGUACUAUUGGCUAAGAAGACCUCAUCUUUUGUUUUUCCGUGGUUUUUGGUUUUUGUUUGCUUUUGUAUUUUUUGUUUCCAUAUUGGCCAUAUAACGUUGCUGUAGCCCUUUGCUUCCCUCCACAAAUGUCUUGGUGGCCCUUCCUUAUAAGAGCAUGAGAACUACUUUCAGAUUUCAUUCAGUGGACACACGUGUCCCAAUGUCUGUCCUGCAUAAGGCAGUAUGCAGGGUAGGUAUGGUGGGGCCGCCAAGACAAAUGGGGACACCCCCCUGUGUGCGCAUGUGUCAGAGUCUGCCUGGCCUCCUCCUCUUCCUCCUCUCUUCUUCCUCUUUUUCUUCUUCUUUUAAAGACUCAUUUAGUCCUUUAUCCUUCUUCUGCUGCUUUAGUUCGUCCAUGUACCUUUUCCAUGGGAGUGGAUGGAAACGUGUUCUUUGAUCUUCUCUGAUAACAUCUCAUUUGAUCUGGCCUCUGUUAUUCAUCAACUUUUUAUUUUCCCGUCAAUCUACUUUUAAUAGAUCAGGCUUUUAAAAGAUCAUGAACCUCCACUUUUAGCACCUCAUAUAUCAAGUCUCACGUGGCCACAAUUCUAGACAAAAACCAAAGAUCCAGAGGCCAGAGCGAAAUAGGACCUUCUGCAGAGUCACUACUGGUGUAUACUUGGACCUUCAUAUUUUACUUUAGGAUUAAUUUAUUGAAUUUUGCUGUUACACAUUGUUUUUGACUUGAAUUAAAAUGCUAGACAAAGCAGAAAUGUACAAUUUCUGGUCUGUGUUUUCCAGGAAAAUCAUUGGGAAAAGAAUAGAGUGGAUUAUAUGACUUGAAGUUUUUACAGCUUAUUUUUUCCCCAGCAUCAGGGCAGAGCCCCAUUUUAAAGAAUGUUUUCACAUUACCUAUUCUUAUGUUAAUAGUGUGUUUUGUCCAGUUCCACACAGCAGGUGAUUUCCCAUGACAUACUUUCUUUAGCCCCUAAUAGUCAUCCGCUAAAGAGAAUUCUUCUGGUGUGCUGUGUGCACUGUGGAUCGGGGGCAGAGAGCAGAG